UUCUCUCAGCCACCAGACCGGCGUCCUCCAGGCCUACCGUAUGGACUAGUGCUGGCGGUGGGCUCUUUCUGUUACUGUCCCUGACCUCUCCUCCCGGGGAACCCCUGCAUCCUUCUCCUGAGGGCGAAUCAGCAGGCUCCAGGUUCCCAGGGGACAGCGGUUGCCAGGUCCAGCCCUGACCCCCUCGCACCAUGACCCUCCUGCUGCUGUCCCUCCUGCUGGCCUCUCUGCUCCCACCCGGCUCAGGCAACAAAGCCAACAAGCACAAGCCAUGGAUCGAGGCAGAGUACCAGGGCAUUGUCAUGGAGAAUGACAACACUGUCCUGCUGAACCCCCCACUCUUCGCCUUGGACAAGGAUGCCCCCCUGCGCUAUGCAGGUGAGAUCUGCGGCUUCCGGCUCCAUGGGUCUGGGGUGCCCUUUGAGGCUGUAAUCUUGGACAAGGCAACAGGAGAGGGGCUGAUCCGGGCCAAGGAGCCAGUGGACUGCGAGGCCCAGAAGGAGCACACCUUCACCAUCCAGGCCUAUGACUGUGGCGAGGGCCCUGAUGGGGCCAACACCAAGAAGUCCCACAAGGCCACCGUGCAUGUGCGGGUCAAUGACGUAAAUGAGUUUGCCCCAGUGUUUGUGGAGCGACUGUACCGUGCUGCAGUGACUGAGGGGAAGCUCUAUGAUCGCAUCCUGCGGGUGGAAGCCAUUGAUGGUGACUGCUCCCCCCAGUACAGCCAGAUCUGCUACUAUGAGAUCCUCACGCCCAACACCCCCUUCCUCAUUGACAACGAUGGGAACAUCGAGAAUACAGAGAAGCUGCAGUACAGCGGUGAGAAGCUCUACAAGUUCACAGUGACAGCAUACGACUGUGGGAAGAAGCGGGCAGCAGAUGAUGCUGAGGUAGAGAUCCAGGUGAAGCCCACGUGUAAACCCAGCUGGCAAGGCUGGAACAAAAGGAUCGAAUAUGCUCCAGGUGCAGGAAGCUUGGCUUUGUUCCCUGGUAUCCGCCUGGAGACUUGUGAUGAACCGCUCUGGAACAUUCAGGCCACCAUAGAGCUGCAGACCAGCCACGUGGCCAAGGGCUGUGACCGAGAUAACUACUCAGAGCGGGCCCUGCGGAAGCUCUGUGGUGCGGCCACAGGAGAGGUGGACCUGCUGCCCAUGCCAGGACCCAAUGCCAAUUGGACAGCAGGGCUUUCGGUGCACUACAGCCAAGAUAGCAGCCUUAUCUACUGGUUCAAUGGCACCCAGGCUGUGCAGGUGCCCCUGGGAGGCACAGCUGGGCUGGGCUCUGGACCCCAGGACAGCCUCAGUGACCACUUCACCCUAUCCUUCUGGAUGAAGCAUGGUACAACUCCCAGUAAGAAGGAGGGCAAGAAAGAAGAGGAAACUAUCGUGUGUAACACAGUCCAGAAUGAGGAUGGCUUCUCUCACUACUCACUGACCGUCCAUGGCUGCAGAAUUUCUUUUCUCUACUGGCCCCUGCUUGAGAGUGCCCGCCCUGUCAAGUUCCUCUGGAAGCUGGAACAGGUCUGUGAUGAAGAGUGGCAUCAUUAUGCGCUGAACCUGGAGUUUCCCACAGUCACACUGUAUGCUGAUGGCAUCUCCUUCGACCCUGCUCUCAUCCACGACAAUGGCCUCAUCCACCCACCCCGGAGGGAGCCUGCACUCAUGAUUGGGGCCUGUUGGAUGGAAGAGAAGAACAAAGAGAAGGAAAAGGGAGGAGACAACAGUACAGACCCCACCCAAGGAGACCCCUUGCCGAUCCACCACUACUUCCAUGGCUACCUGGCUGGUUUCAGCGUGCGCUCAGGUCGCCUGGAGAGCCGCGAGGUCAUCGAGUGCCUCUAUGCAUGUCGGGAGGGGCUGGACUAUAGGGAUUUCGAGAGCCUGGGCAAAGGCAUGAAGGUCCACGUGAACCCCUCGCAGUCCCUGCUCACCCUGGAGGGGGAUGAUGUGGAGACCUUCAACCAUGCCCUGCAGCAUGUGGCUUACAUGAACACUCUGCGCUUUGCCACGCCCGGCGUCAGGCCCCUGCGCCUCACCACUGCCGUCAAGUGCUUCAGCGAAGAGUCCUGUGUCUCCAUCCCUGAAGUGGAGGGCUACGUGGUGGUUCUUCAACCUGAUGCUCCCCAGAUCCUCCUGAGUGGCACAGCCCAUUUUGUUCGCCCUGCUGUGGAUUUUGAGGGACCUGAGGGUGUCCCUCUAUUCCCUGAUCUUCAAAUUACUUGCUCCAUUUCUCACCAAGUGGAGGCCAAAAAAGAUGAAAGUUGGCAGGGCACAGUGACAGACACACGCAUGUCAGAUGAGAUUGUGCACAACCUGGAUGGCUGUGAAAUUUCUCUGGUGGGAGAUGACCUGGACCCUGAGCGGGAAAGCCUGCUCUUGGACAUGGCAUCCUUGCAGCAGCGAGGGCUGGAGCUCACCAACACAUCUGCCUACCUCACCAUCGCUGGUGUGGAGAGCAUUACUGUGUAUGAAGAGAUCCUGAGGCAGGCUCAUUAUCGACUGCGGCAUGGGGCUGCCCUCUAUGCAAGGAAGUUCCGGCUGUCCUGCUCAGAAAUGAAUGGCCGCUAUUCCAGCAAUGAAUUCGUUGUGGAGGUCAACGUGUUGCACAGCAUGAACCGUGUGGCCCACCCCAGUCACGUGCUCAGCUCCCAGCAGUUCCUGCAUCGUGGUCACCAGCCUCCUCCUGAGAUGGCUGGGCACAGCCUGGCCAGCUCCCACCGGAACUCCAUGGUCCCCAGUGCAGCGACUCUCAUCAUUGUGGUGUGUGUGGGCUUCCUGGUGCUCAUGGUCAUCCUGGGCCUCGUGCGCAUCCAUUCCCUUCACCGCCGAGUCUCAGGGGCUGGCGGGCCCCCGGGGACCUCCAGUGACCCCAAAGACCCAGACCUCUUCUGGGAUGACUCUGCCCUUACCAUUAUCGUGAACCCGAUGGAGUCUUACCAGAAUCGGCAGGCCUGUGUGGCAGGGGUUGCUGGGGGCCAGCAGGAGGACGAGGACAGCAGCGACUCAGAGGCAGCUGACUCCCCGAGCAGUGACGAGAGACGCAUCAUUGAGAGCCCCCCACACCGCUACUAAGGCCAGGUUUCUGCUAGAGAGCAAGAGAGAAUUUUGCCCUGGUGAGACAGAGAUACCCAGGAAAGAAACAGAAAAGGACAUUCUGAGGGAAGAGAGCCGAGAGGGGCGAGCUCAUCAGACCAAGCGUCCUUCAAUCUCCAAACCCCCAUGGCCCUCCUGGUGCCACCCGGCCCUUCCUCCUCCAUUGCCUCUGCCUUGGGCCUUGCCUUCCCUGGAUGCUCCUAUGGCAUUGGGGUGGCUGAAGGAUCCCAGUAGCCCUUUCUGUCCCCAUGGCAGAGGUCCUUUUCACUCCCCCCAUGUCUAUCUCCCUCUACCAGCCUCACCCUGUACUGGGCAGAGGCACUGAUAGCCAUGGCUGGGCAGGGGAAAAUCAAGUGACUCCUCCACCUGAGCUCCUCCGCUGUCCCGUCCAGGGAGCCAUCCUUCCUCCCUGGCACCUGCAGCGAGGCCUGGCCUGCUAUUCUGAUCUCACCUCUACUUCCAUUUCACUUUGGGAUCCCUGCUCCUUGACUUUCCCAAGCUCCCCUCCUUAGUUGUCCUCUUUCCCCUCUGCCCUUGGAGUCCUGGGCUUCUGCAGUCCUGCCCCUUCCUCCAUGACUAGCUUGUGGCUGGGUUGUGGGGCUGGCGGUGGGGAGCAGGAGCCCUGGGUGUAUUAUAUAUAAUGUAUAUUUUUUCAAUGUUGUCGUGAGUGCAACCCCUGUGUCCCUGUGUGCAGCUCACAGCCUUGUGUGCGUGUGUGUGGCAUUGUCAUGUCCCGGGUUGGGGGUAGGGGAUGGGUGUGGCGAGUGAGGGGACA